AUGUCUAAUCCUUUACGUAUCUUUGUACCUGUUAAGCGUGUUGUUGAUUAUGCUGUCAAGGUUCGAGUUAAUGCUGCAAAAACGGAUGUCGAUCGUAAUGUUAAACAUAGUAUGAAUCCCUUUGACGAAAUUGCAGUAGAAGAAGCAGUUCGUAUGAAAGAGAAAUCACCCAAGACAGAAGUUGUUGCCAUUUCAUGUGGUACAGCCAAGUCUCAAGAGACACUUAGAACCGCUUUAGCUAUGGGUGCAGAUCGUGCAGUUCAUGUUGAAGUCAAAGAUGAUAGUACAUUACAACCUUUAGCAGUAGCUAAAUUAUUAAAAGCCUACGCUGAAAAGGAAAAUCAAGGACCUGAUCUUUUUAUUUUGGGUAAACAAGCAAUUGAUGACGAUGCCAAUCAAACUGGACAAAUGCUGGCUGGCUUACUUAAUUGGCCUCAGACUACAUUUGCUUCCAAAGUAGAAAUUAAUGGAGGAGAACUUAAAGUAGUUCGUGAAAUUGAUGGUGGUCUUGAAACAGUGUCUACUAAAUUGCCUGCUAUUAUUACGACUGAUUUACGUUUGAAUGAACCUCGUUAUGCUUCUCUUCCUAACAUUAUGAAGGCUAAAAAGAAGCCUUUGAUUAAAUUAACACCUGAGGAACUUGGUGUUGAUAUUUCACCUCGUAUUGAAACAUUAAAAGUGGAAGAGCCUUCUAAACGUGUUGGUGGACGUAAAGUUGAAAAUGUAGAUGAAUUAAUCGACAAAUUACGUAAUGAAGCAAAGGUUUUAUAG